AGUCUAUGUUCAUGAUCUGCUAUAAAUAAACAUUCUUCUUAUUAUCUUCUUUGACAAUUACAAAUCUCUCUCUCUCUCUCUCUUUUGUGAUCGGAUCGAACAACUUUCGACAUUUGCUAGAAGAAGGAAAAAAAAAUCAUGGGGGGUGGAAAAGAUAAGCAUGAUGAAUCUGACAAAGGGUUAUUCUCACAACUGGCUCAUGCCGCACAGAGUGGUCAUGGAGGCCAUGGAUAUCCUCCAGGAGGUCAGUACCCUGGAGCAUAUCCUCCACAACAACAUGGUUAUCCACAACAACAUGGUUAUCCACCACAAGGAUACCCACCACAAGGAUACCCUCCACAAGGAUACCCACCACAGGGAUACCCUCAACAAGGCUACCCACAGCAAGGCUACCCACCAUCUGGCUAUCCUGGCCCAUCUGCUCCACAUCAGUCAGGACAUGGCGGCGGCAUGGGAGGAUUGCUAGCUGGGGGUGCUGCGGCUGCUGCUGCUGCUUAUGGUGCUCAUCAAAUCUCUCAUGGCUCACAUGGCUCACAUGGCUAUGGCUAUGGCUCACAGGGCUAUGGCUCACUUGGCGGCUUUUCACACGGUGGUAUGGGUCAUGGCAAGUUCAAGCAUGGAAAGCAUGGCAAGUUCAAGCACGGCAAGCAUGGCAAGUUCAAGAAGUGGAAGUAAUCUUGUUUGUCUCGGUGAUUUUGAUUUUAGUCAUGUCGACUCUAUAUAUAUAUAUCAUGGAUAAUUGCUGAUUCUGGUUUUCCAAACUAUUAAUAAACAUCAGUUUAUGAUAUCUGUUAGGGUGGCAAGGCAAACAUUGUUUUGGCUUUUGACAUACUCUGGAAACAUGAUACUUAUAACAUAUGUUACAUACAGAUCAUCUAGGCCUGUUGAGAUGUAUAACUUUGGUUUUCUCUUCCUCUGCCGUGCUUCUUUAACCUUCCAUUGGUGAAUUUGUGUAGCUGUUACAGAUAUACUGUUCAUAUUUUAUUGUAAACUAAUUGAUAUCUUCAUUUCCAGUGCUUUUGACACCUUCAA